AUGGGACUGACAAAGGAAGAGAAAAAGGCUCAGAAAGAAGCCAAAAAACUCGAAAAGCUAAGAGCUGAAGCUGAGGCUCGUAAACAAAUUAAGCGUAAAGAACUACAACGUGAAAUGGCAGCUCAAGCACGUAAACGAGGGGAGUUAGACAAAAGCUGGCGUGAAAUGAUGAUUAAAGUAAAAGAACCCGUAUUCAGACAAGACAUAGAAGUAAUGUGGCAUGUAUUUGAGAGGGUAUAUGACAAGAAAGAUCAUUUAAUUCGCUAUACCACAAAGCUAAUGAACAUAGCAGAUGACCAAUUUCAAAGAACAGUAGCUAGUUUCUGUAACACAAUCGAUACGACGAUUAACAAAUUUCUCGAAGAAAUGGAAAUACUUUCAAAAGGAAAUGACAUUAAAACAAAGAAACUGCUCAAAUUUGGCGAAGAAAACGCUAGCCAAAUCAUGAAAGAUCAUGACGUCGCAGAAACACAUCUACAGCUUCUAAUUUAUCACGGCCAUACAACAGCCGACACUCAAGCAUGGACAACUAGGGGUGAAAACUUAGUUAAAGAAGAUGAAGACCGAAUGAAAUAUUCUAAUGAACGCGAAAAUUUACGUUCCUUUCUUGAAAAUACAUACAACACUACAUGGGAGGAUUAUAAAGCAGUUCUUAAAGCUUAUGUCACAGAAACAGCAGAUAACCAGAAAAAAGUGCGUAAGCUGCGUCAAAAAGAAAACUUAAUGGCUGAUAUUAUAGCCUCACAGUCGAAGAAGAUAGCAAAUAAUGACAGCGUUUUAAAACGACUGCGAUCCGAAUUGGCAGCCUAUGAAUCAGGUACAAAACAAGCAGUGUUUCGUGAUCGCCGUGACCGCCAUAGGGCUGCGUGCUUCCGUUUAAAGAAAGGUUUGAUCGAUGGAUGCGCAUUGGAUGCUAAACUUUUAGCAGUUUUAGUAAAAGAAUCUGAUGAUACUCUUACAUGGUUAAAUACAUCACAAAAUAAAGCAGAAAAGAUUUUACGGACAGCAGCACUGUGUAGAAAAUUUGAAACUCAGCGCGAAAAAGUCCUACCAUUUGGAACAGCGUUACCUCAAUCCCCCACCGAAACUAAAACAAGUGCAAGACGACUUCAAUCUGAGGAUUCAUUAGUGGUCAAUGCAAUAGCUUCAACAUGUGGACUAACACGUCUCUGGCAGAAAAUAUCUAAAGCAGAACUAUCUAAACGAGCAUUACUCCGUGAAAAGAUGCUAUUAGAAGAGGAAAACGCUUUGAUUGUGAGGAAAUUAAAGGAAUAUCAAGAAACUAAAUUCCAAGUGGAUGCGUACAAAUGCAUUUGUACUAAAUCUAGAAACUCAUUACCUCAUCCGGUAGCUGUAGAUGGUGGUUUAGAAGUUGCAAAGUAUGAGAAUUUUGCGCGUCUGUCUAAACAAUCUUGA